CACCAGCCUGCAAAGUUAAAGCCUCUAUAAGACCAGCUAUCCAAAAAUAUUGAUGAACUCCUCCUGCUUGGGUCAUUUUAAAGUCUUCCAAGGCAGCCACCCAUCCCCUAGAGUGGCCGGGACGGAUUCCUCUGUAGAGCUCUCUCCUGGAUUUUUAUCCCUUGUUGUUGGCAAAAAGGUCUUCCUACUCUCUGAGCCCUGCUAUUGUGCAACCAAUUCAAGGAUCGCCAGGGCCUAACUGCACCGGAUUGGUUGUAGUACAACUGGUGAGCCCAGCCCACAGGAACGAAGCUAGCCAUCUCCUCCGGCAGAGGCUGCCAGCAAAGUUCAACCCUCUAGAGAGAGGCCACCCCAACACCAAAGGAAGACAAAGUUCCGAAGUUAAAAUGAAGCGCCAUCCCCUUCAAUAAGGUCCCACAAGAUCGCUCUCUAGUCUCCUCCCCCUGGAGAACAGCCCAGUCAGGGAACAACACACAACCUUUGAGCUCCCUUUUCCCGUGACAAACUCAACGUGGUUCACCUCCACCCCAGUGUUCUUCCUUGUAAACAGUUCCUGGUCAUACUUCGAAAAGCAAUGCUCGGAAAACUCUCCCUGCGCUGCCCUUCCCCAGAAUCAAGCAAUCCCACCGAUCCGGGUGCCCUUCUUGCCAAUGCCCUCCUCAUCUAUCCCCAAAAGCGUCACCGCCAAAAACCUAUCGUCAGGGCUGCCAGCGUUCUACUACCCCCACGUCUUUUCCCUUGGCUAUGUCUUGAGUAUUAUUUUAUCAUUCUCUCCCCUAGCCUGGGCCUGGGGACUCCCCCCCUCGUGGGGCCUCGUCCAGCAAGUAAACAAUGCUGUCAAAGCAGGAUAACGCCGGAUGAGGCGUCCAAACUCUGCAUUCCAGCCUCCUCCUGCCGUUCUAAAAGCAGCAAAACAAGUCAUCGCAGAGUCCCAAGAGCGAAAUACUCUGCCUGUUCUUUCUAAAAAGGCCCGGGAGAGAGCUCCAAAAUCAAGCAUUAAUGUGCACAAAUGCACGACAGGCAAGAGGCAGAGGCAAUGCAGAACGAAAGCCAGGCCAAGUGUAGACGAAUCUGCCCAGGAGGAGGCAGAGGGGGAGAAAACUGGGUCGAACGCCGAAAGCUGCCACGAAGCGGGAACAAGGGCUCCCCUCCCCGCCCCGCCCCAGCGACGGGAGAGCCCCGUUCCCAGAGUGGGCGCGCGCUGAAUCGAGUUGCAGCCAAGAGAGAAUGCGAAGUUAAGGUUCCCGAAAGCAGUCUCACGGGGGCUUUGGCGGAGCUGGGGUGGGGGGGCUUUGGCGGAGCUGCGCGGGCGGAGGCUGCCACGCUUGGACACGCCCUGAGUUAAAGGCCCGCGGCGGAGAAAACGGGCUGCAGGUUCCGGGCCGCGGCGGGGCGGCCGGCGCUCACCUCCCGGCGUGGUGGAGAAGAGCGUCCCCCCGGGCGUGGUGCAAUAGUCAUGAGAAGACAGCUGGAGCCUCACAUCUGUUUCUGCACUCGAUCUGUUGUGAUGUGUUAUUUUGGUUCAAGUAUGUGAAGGAAACCCAGAUUCACACAGGCAGCCUGGAGUACAGAAAGAAGCUCUCGGAUUAACAGCUCUGUGACCCCAGGCAAGGAGCAAGCUGCCAUGAGUCCUACUGCCACAAGAAAAUGAGUUCUGCCAAAGCCUGAAUGAGCUCAGAAGUGGAUCCUUCCCCAGUCAAGCCUCCAUGUGAGAAUGCAGCCCUGCAUCACACCUGAUUGCAGCUUUGCAGAGGAUCCAGCCAGGCCAUGCCAGGACUCCUGACCCACAGAAACUGCACGGGCCCCCUUGUGAGCAGCAGACCGGCCUGGUGGCUGGCAGCAGGACCCCCUCGCCUGCAUGCUGAAGAAGAUGGGUGAGGCCGUGGCCAGAGUUGCAAGAAAGGUCAACGAGACUGUGGAGAGCGGCUCUGAUACCCUGGACCUGGCUGAGUGCAAGCUGGUUUCCUUCCCCAUUGGCAUCUACAAGGUCCUGCGGAAUGUCACCGACCAGAUCCACCUCAUCACGCUGGCCAACAACGAGCUCAAGUCCCUCACCAGCAAGUUUAUGACCACGUUCUGUCAGCUCCGAGAGCUCCACCUGGAAGGGAACUUCUUGCACCGCCUCCCCAAUGAGGUCAGCACCCUGCAGCACCUCAAGGCCAUCGACCUCUCCCGGAACCAGUUCCGUGACUUCCCCGAGCAGCUCACCACCCUGCCAGCACUAGAGACCAUCAACCUGGAGGAGAACGACAUUGUGGAUGUACCUGUGGAGAAGCUGGCUGCCAUGCCUGCCUUGCGCAGCAUCAACCUCCGCUGCAACCCCCUGAGUGCUGAGGUGCGCGUCAUUGCUCCGCCACUCAUCAAGUUUGACAUGCUCAUGUCUCCUGAGGGCGCCCGGGCCCCCCCGCCUUAGGCCUCGCUCCUCACGCCCACCAGCAGGGGGACAGAGGCCACCUGGGCUGGCACCCUGAGGGGAGGGAGUCCCACAGGCCCCUGGGAGGCCAAGCCUGGGGGGCUGGGGGGUGGGUGGGCCAAAGAGUAUGCGGUGGGAGGGGGCGCAGCUGGUCCAGGAUAGAUAGCUUAGAGCAGUAGUGGGCCCUGGAAGGCCCAGGAGGCGGAGGUGAGGUGGGGCUGGGGCCUGGAUGCUGGGCACUCACAGCUUCUGUGCACAUUGGGGCGCAUCCCCACCCUCUCCGAGCCUUGUUAUUUGGGAAGGGGGACGUCUGCCUCCUCUGAGCUCCUUGGAGGCUCUUUGGGCAACACAUGCCUUCAAGUUACCCUCACAUCAUCAGGCACCUUCCGAGCCCACAGAUGGCCAUCACCGAGCGCUUUCUGGGCCACUGUGGGUUUGAGGCCUUGGGUCUGGUGUUACGAGCCAGCCGCUUCCCUGAGAGGAAUAGGAGACAGCCUCCAGCUGUUUAUUGCUUCUUGAGGGCUGACCUGCAUGAGGCCCUCUAAGCGGCCCCAUCCUCAGCCCUGUGGGUCUCUGGAUUGGCGGGAGCCUGAACCAGGAGUCAUGGGAAAGCUGUGGAGAGAGUAUGGCCCUGUGCUCUAGCCAGGGCUGAGAACGUUUAUUAGGAGCCCAAGGCCCAUCAGGCCAGGAAACCAGAGGAGCAAAUCAGGUCGGCUCAGUCUUUCCUCAUGAUGAAGACAUCAGCGGGGUAGGAAGUGCCCAGUGCGCCUCGGGACAGACCAGGUGUGCCUGGAGUGUGGUGAAGGAGCCGGAAGCACGAAGGAGAGGUGUGUCUGGCAUCAGCCCUUGCACCGCAGGAGAGGUGGCCCAAGAGAAGCAAAGCCAGCUGCGUCCGUGGCUCUGGUACAAGGUAAUUGCCUACCUCCACAGUCUGUGGCUGCCUCGUCACUGGUCCACCUGGGGGCAGAAGGCACUUUGGACCAUUGGAUUUGUGGCUGCCCAGCUCCCACGCCUCCACCCAAAAGCCCUGAUGGCCUAGUCAUUUCUGGGCCCUCCACCUGGAGUCUAGGAUGUGGCCAAGCCAUAGGGCUGGGGCUGAGGGCUUGCCCGGGACAUGGGACUGCAGUGCUCUCACUGGGACAGUACCUGGCAAACAGGGACAACUGGUUUCCUACCAGGAAAGGGCCUGGGGCUCUUGCUUUCUGAUGGUAUCUGUGGUGCGGAGAACUCCUGACUCCUGACCUCCUGACGCCCUAGGUACCCACCUCCCACCUUCUCAUCUGUGGAGCAAGCCGACUCAGAGCCCAGAGCGCACCUGGCCUGGCCCUUUGUCUUGGCCUGUGGACGAUACCUGAGACCCCAGGACGUGGGGCAGGCCAGGCCAGGCCAUCCAAUCCUACACCCACGCACCGGUAGCCUCUCUUCCACUCCCAGGGCUAAGCUUCUCUCAGCCCAGACCCUCAUUCUCAGAAUGCUGUGUUCCUUCUCCCCUCCCCAGCCCUGGGGCCUGCUCCUGCCCAGGCCCCCUAUCUCCUGGCAAGGACUGACGGGUGGGACCAUUGUUGACCCAUCACUGAGUGCUCAGUGUCUCAAGAGAUGCUGUGUUUAGUCGCUCAUGUCAUAAGGCCUGGUUCAAGCUCUGGGAAAGGGGUUUGCAGGGCAAGGAGGUCCAGGUGGAUCUUCAGGGCGGCAGGGCUCAGCUGUGGACAAGUGGGAACUGUGGCCCGGUCCAGGCUGGCCUGGCCCUACCCACUCUGUGUCCCAGAGUCAAAGAAGAAGUGUACUUUUCUGAUAGGCACAAAGGCACUGUGUGGCCAAAGCCUUGCAAUUCAGAGUGUGGUCUGUGGACCAGCAGCACUGGCAUCCCUGGGAACUUAUUAGAAAUGCAGAAUCCCAGGCCCCACCCGAGGCCUCCAGAAUCAGAACCCGCAUUUCAACAAGAUACCUAGGCGAUUCCUAUAAGCACUUUACCGUUUGAGAAGCCAGGGUCUAGUGGUGACCCUAGGGUUGUCCUUGGAGUGGCGGGUGGAGGUUCUCAGCCCUCCUCCUGCUUCUCCAGGUUUCUGAGCCUGUGCUCACCCCCCUCCCUAAGCCAGCCCUGGGACACCCCGGGGCUCUUAGAUCUUUUCAGAGUCUGCGUGACUCUUGCAGCGAAGGGAAUGACCUGAAGUCACCAGAUGAGAGUUUGCCUGGCCCUCUGGAUACUGCCUUUCUGGUUACCCUCUGCAUACCCCUCUGCACACCCAGCUCCUGCUCCCCCACGUCCUCACGUCAGGCCCUUUGAAGGGGUUGUUGCUUCUGGAAGUUGUUUUCUCCUCUGCUCGGAGAGUUUGCCUUUGCCUGUGUGGGAAAGCCUGAGCUGUGAGAGAAGCCCCCACAUCCAAGCCCACAGUGUAAAUGAGCCCUUAGCUUCAGUCUGCAAUAAAGAAUGCAUUGGUUUCAUCCGCCUGCUUGGUGCUGGGUUCAU